AUGCAAACCUUAUCGUUCCGGUCCGCAACCGGACACUCUGGACGGGACAGUACCUGUGGAUCUAUGGGUCCUCUCUGUGAUAAUCUUAGCACUCACUGUCAAACAGGAGAACCCAAGACUCAGAAUGGGUUUCAGUCAUGGAAAGUUCUUGACCCGAAGAAAAGCAAUAGAAGACAGAUGACCAGCAGGAGCAAGUCAUCAAUCCGGGCCACCAAUCUCACGUAA